UUCUUCUUCUACUAUUUAUUGGAAACCUCCUCCACAAUAUUUUUUCAAAUAUAACGAAUAUGGAGCAAUUUUUCAACAAUAUUUUUGUGUCGGGAUACACAUAUAUGUAAUAUAUUAACAUAGUUCUUUUGUGAUGGCAAAGACAUAUGUGUCAUAUAAGCCUCCAACCACUUGAGUACGAAGCUUGGGACAUACUUUAAGCUCUCCAAUUGAUCAGAAAUUUGGAUCUAUCAAACGUCAUUAUUGGAUGUAAUAAAUUAGUUUUUUUUAUAUUAAGUUAGUUACAAAGUUAGUUAGACAUUCUUAGUAUAUAAGAUGUACUCUUUUUUAUUCUUUAAUAUCAUAAUUCAUUCUUCCUUUCUGUUACUUGUAAUAUGGUAUCAGAAGAAAACUUCUACAACCGUUUUUCUUCUCUGUAACAAUCUCCUUCUUCUUCUUCUUCUUCUUCUUCUUCUUUUUCUUCUUCCAUGGCUGUAACUUCAGCUACUCUUGCUUCGUUGCAAGAUACCACACAUGACUAUUAUAUUCGUCCCAAUGAGAAUCCCUCUCUUGUUCUCGUUUCUCCAAUUCUUGAAGGUCCAAAUUACCAUGGCUGGGCUCGUGCAAUGGCAAUGUCGCUGCAGAUGAAAAACAAGUUUGGUUUUGUCGAUGGUUCUAUUCCUUGUCCUGAUGCACCUAAUCAAAUGAUACCUGCUUGGAAGCGAUGCAAUAAUCUGGUGCUCUCAUGGAUCAAUCAUUUCGUUUCUCAUGAGAUUGCUACGAGCAUUCUCUGGAUUGAUAUUGCAGCUGCGACAUGGAAAGAUCUUAAAGAUCGUUUCUCUCAAGGUGAUUCUGUUCGUAUUUCACAAUUGCAUCAGGAUCUUUAUUCCAUGCAUCAAUCUGAUCUAACUGUUACUGCUUAUUACACUAAAAUGAAGAUUCUCUGGGAUGAGCUUUGUAACUAUCGUCCUAUUCCUGAGUGUCAAUCUGUUACUUUGUGUUGCUGUGAUGUUUCCAAAACACUGAAAAAGUAUCGAGACAAUGAUUGUGUGUUAUGUUUCUUAAGAGGUUUGAAUGAUAACUACUCUGCUGUAAGAUCUCAGAUUCUCCUCAUGGAUCAUUUGCCUUCUUUGACCAAGAUUUUUUCAAUGAUAAUCCAACAAGAGCGGCAAUUGCAGACGAGUAUUCUUCCUGGAUCUUCAGUUAUGGCUGCCCAGGUUCCACAACAAGCUUCUUAUCAGAAUAAACCUUCUUAUUCUUCUUCAAAUUCUGGCAAAGGAAAAGCAUCAUAUCAAGGCAAUCAGCCUAGACACUCAGGAGGAAAUGUUGGUGUGAAUAGGCAAUGUACUCAUUGUGGUAGGACCAAUCAUACAAUAGACACAUGUUUUCUGAUUCAUGGAUUACCUCCUGGAUUCAAGUCCAAAAAGGUUCACAAUAUUACCACAUAUUUGACUUCUUCUUGUGAUUCUUCAGUUCUUGGCCUUUCUCAGGAACAAAUUCAGAGUUUACUAGCUCUUCUUCCUCAGACCAAUCUUGUGAGCUCUCAAUGUGUCCACUUCUGCUCAGACUCGUGGUAAUACCUACUCUAAAUGGAUCAUAGACUCAGGACAAGUCAUCAUUGAAGAUGAUUGGGAAAGCUGAACAAAGGAGUGGCUUGUAUGUCAUGAUAGUGCCUACACCUACUUCCUUUGGACCCUUAUCUGCUAUACACAAUGUUAAUUAUGUAACUUUCUCUACAAUAAAGCCUAGUUUUGUUGAUCUAUGGCAUUUAAGACUAGGUCAUCCUUCUUUUCCUUGUUAUACCAAAUUCCAAAGCAUGUAUGGUAAUAUCUCAGAUAUCAAAUAUACACAUUGUGAUACUUGUCAUUUUUCUAAACAAAGAAGAUUGCCUUUUCAAUUGAGUAAUACUGUUUCACAAGCUUCUUUUGAUCUUAUUCAUGUGGAUAUUUGGGGUCCAUAUGGCAUUUCUUCUGUUAAUGGCUUUAAGUAUUUUUUAACUAUAGUAGAUGAUAUGUCACGAUACACAUGGAUAAAAUUGAUGACCACUAAGUCAGAAAUAAGGGCACAUCUUAUUGAUUUUGUAUCUUACAUAAAGACUCAAUUUGGCAAAGUUGUGAAAGUGGUUAGAUCAGACAAUGGCCCUGAAUUCGCUAUGACAGAAUAUUAUAGCCAAAAAGGGAUACAACAUCAACUAUCAUGUGUUGAAACACCCCCAACAAAAUGGAGUGGUUGAGAGAAAACAUCAACACAUUCUAAAUGUUGCUCGUGCCGUAAUGUUUCAAUCUCAUUUACCUAUAGUUUUCUGGUCUUAUGCUGUUAGCUAUGUUGUGCAUCUCAUUAACAUUUUACCCUCCAAAGGAUUAGCAUAUCUUUCUCCAUAUCAACAUUUGCAUAAUACUAAACCUGACAUAUCUUGUUUGAGAGUGUUUGGUUCUCUUUGCUAUACUUCCACCAUUCAGGCUCAUAGAACUAAGUUUCAACCUAGAGCAAGAAAAUAUGUCUUACUUGGUGUCAAAGAAGGGGUAAAAGGGCAUCUUCUGCUUGAUAUCACUACUAGGGAAAUUUUUCUAUCAAGGCAUGUAGUAUUCUAUGAAACUAUAUUUCCUUUCCUUACUAGUGCCACUGAUUCUGAACAUCAAAUCUUUGAUCCUGUGGCCAAAAUAACAGAAUCUGGGACACCAUUUUUUUCUGAUAUCACUGAUCAACCUCACAUUCUUAUUCUACCAGCUCCUAUUCCUCAAACUCCACCUCAACCUAUUGAUGUCCCUUUUCCUGCACCUUUACCUCCACCACAUACUAUUACUCCACCUUCAUCUCUAAAUCCCCAAAGAAAAUCUAACAGACCUAGUAAACAACCUUCUUAUCUACAAGACUAUCAUUGCAACAUGCUAUCUGCUUCUUCAGCCUCUCAUUCUUCUACAGGUAUCAUAUAUCCUCUUUCUAACUACCUUUCAUAUGAUACCUUGUCAACUUCUCAUAAGUCCUAUGUUUGUCGUAUUUCCCAAAAUACUGAACCUAAAACUUAUAACCAAGCCAUCAAACAUGAUUGUUGGAGAAAG